AUGUCGAGCCUGGCGCGAAAUGCAAGAACUGCAGCCAAAGGUGCAUUGGCACAGCUGGAGUCGGCAGCCACAAGGGCGCUGGAGCCGAGGCGCCUGUACUUAGACACGGCCCCAGGCCUCGAGAAGAUGCUCCAACGGGAGGUGGAGGCCCUGCAGCUGGGCAUGCCCGAGGUUCGGCGUGCAGGUGAGCUGCUGCUCUCAGCACCCGAGUCUGCACUGUGGCGGGCAGCUUUGCAGAGCCGACUGGUGCUGGGGCUGCGCCUGGGCGUCGGCGACAUUUUCCACGCUGGCUAUGAGUCUACCUUGUCGAACUAUGUGGCUGGCUGCGCUUGGCCAGACUACUUGUGGUUCCGAUCAGAACCCAUUGGCCCUCCGUUGAAGGUACGAUCUGAGAAAUCCCGGCUCUACCACUCAGAGGUGAUUGAGCGAGGAGUGCUCAGUGGUAUUGAGAAGCGCAGGCAGUUCUUUAUGAGCCUGAAGCUGCAGGAGAAGGAGGACGCAAAGUUCUAUGGCAGACCUGCACCUGAAGGGCCGCCAUUCCCAACUGUGCACGUUGACCUGUUCCAGAAUGAAUGCCACCUCAGUGUGGGGGCCACUGCAGUGCCGCAUGCACGUGCGUACGAGCUGGCACUUGAUGAGAAAGAGAUAGACCUGGAUCCAGAGGAGCCGAGCACUCGGAGCCCCUGGCUUCUUGAACCUGCUCAUGCUGCAGCCUGUGUGCUGAAAUCCAACUUCUUGCAGCAUUUGGAGGAGUGCGCUGCGUCUGGGCACAAGCUAUGCAUUUGGGAUCCGUUCUGUGGAAAGGGCACCAUGAUCCUGGAGGCUUUGGGUAUCGCGCUUGGGGUGCCGCCGGCCAGUCCUGCAAUGAUGAUGCCUUUCCAGAACUUUCCGGACUUCAAUCAGAUGCACUUUCAAGAGGUGCUGCAGUCAUUGCAGCUCACACCUCAUCCGCAGAUUCAGCAGCUGCUACUUCUCGGAAGCCAUGAAGGUCACCCAGAGCUGGUGAAACUUGCCCAUCUCAAUCUGCAGGCAUUUGCUCGUUCACUGCCGCGGUCCAGAGGGCCUUCACUGCUAUGGGCCCCUUCACGGGGUGGGGAGGAAGAUAGCAGGUCGCUUGUGACACAUCGCUUGCCUUGCCAAAUCGCCUUCCAUUCACUUCCUGCUGCUACAGUGGCUGAGCAGAUUCGGGGUCACCGCCCCUUGAUCAUGACGAACGUACCUUAUGGCAAAAAGUCUGAAGCUCGAAAAGAUCAGCGUGCGUACAAGCGCUUUGGCCAAAUGGUUAAGAGCUUGGAUGUGAAGGGAGCCUACUGCCUUUCAGCUCGCGAGGACUUCAAAAAAUUGUCCGGUUUAGACUGGAGGACUGAGCUACGCUUUUCUUCUGCUGGGGUCUGGCUAGAGUUGCUCCGCUGGACUGGGCAGGAGGCGCUAGAGGUGCACUUUGUGCAAAGCAAGCCUCGGCGCAAAAGGCAACGCAAAAAGCAGGAAGCUCACAUCGGUACUGAUGCAGAGCAGGCUGAAACGGCCGGUUCAGGGACAAGGCCAACCGCAGUUCCAGACGAGUCAGACGAGGUAUCAGCUGCUGUGGUGCAGUCUGCCUCAGAAAAAGCUAUUGCUUCAGAAAAGGUGCGAAUCUAUCGUGAUGGCAAGCUGAAGCGCUACGUUUCCGGAGCAGCGACAAAUGCAUUCCAGAAAUCAAGACUUGCAGCCUCAAUGCCUCGAUGUUUGAUCCUUAUGGUGCCCCACUUCUCGUGCAGGAAAUGCUUCGAGCGGACAGCCUGCCGCUCCUGA